AUGCCGCCCCGUCCCUCCGACCACGAGGAUGUCGUUCCCGCUAACGAAAAGAACGAGCCCCCUUUAAGCGAAACCCUCGCUCCACAGCCCGUCGCCACCGUCUCGGCGCAACGACAAUCAUGGCCCGACGCCGCCAUCCCUGAGACCGAGCAACCCUCACCAACUCCACCAGCCCGAAAACCCGCCUCCAAACAUGCAACGAACCUCUAUGUCGUGUCACACCUCAUCUUCUUCUCGCUCCUAGGCACCCUCGCCCGCCUGGGUCUCCAAGCGCUAACCUUCUACUCGGGUGCCCCCGUCGUGACGGGUGUGUUAUGGGCGAAUGUAACGGGCAGUCUGGUGAUGGGGUUCCUAAUGGAAGACAAGAAUCUCUUCCGGGAGGAAUGGGGCGCGACGCAGCACAAUGAAAUGGCAGCGCCAAAGGACGCGCAUGAGGCACACGAGCACGCGAAGAGACACGCCGCUGUGAAAAAGACCAUCCCGCUGUAUAUUGGUCUUACCACUGGGUUCUGCGGAAGCCUUACCUCCUUCUCGUCGUUUAUGCGCGACGUCUUCCUGGCUCUCGCUAACGCGCUGCCUGAUCCCUCGCUGCCGGUCGGGGCGAGCAUCGCGCCACGCAAUGGCGGGUAUAGCUUCAUGGCGUUGGUGGCAGUGAUUCUGAUUACGGUGGCGCUGAGCCUUUCCGCUCUGAUCGUCGGUGCGCAUGGCGCCUUGGCAUUGACGCGGAUGACGCCCACGAUGCCUUUCGCCUUCACCCGGCGCAUCGUCGACCCGGUCGUCGUCGUGCUGGCCUGGGGCUGCUGGCUCGGGGCUGUGUUUUUGGCAAUCUGGCCGCCAGACCGGCACGAUCCAGGAAGGGAGGUGUGGCGCGGCCGUGCAGUGAUGGCGCUCGUCUUCGCGCCGCUGGGCUGUUUGCUCCGGUUCUUUGUCUCACUGAGACUCAACAGUCGCAUUCCCGCGUUCCCGCUGGGUACUUUCGUGGUGAAUAUCUUUGGGACGAUCAUCGAGGGCAUGUGCUAUGACCUGCAGCGCGUGCCUGGUCUUGGUGCCGGCGGGCCCUCGCAUUUGGUCGGUUGCCAGGUGUUGCAGGGUGUUAUGGAUGGAUUCUGCGGCGCUACGACUACUAUUAGUACGUGGGUUGCUGAGUUGAAUGCCCUCUCCCGUCGCCGCCAUGCGUAUGUGUACGGCGUCACCAGCGUGGGCGUGGCACUCGGGUUUCUGGUAGUGAUUAUGGGGUCGUUGCUGUGGACGCGCGGAUGGGCUGAUCCGGCGUGUGGAUGA